AUGGCCGGAGAGGCGGGAAGAGACCCCCGAGCGUGGCUAGCCGUCGACGAGACGGCGGCGGCCUUCCUCUCCCGUUCACUCUCCUCGCGGCCCCCCAUCACCCUCCCGCCGCCACUGCACCGCGCGCCUCUCCGCCCGGGCAACGUCGUCGAGAUCGCCGGCCCGUCCAACUCUGGCAAGUCCCACCUCCUCCUCACGGCUGCAGUGCAGUGCAUAUUACCAAAGGAGUGGGAGGGAAUCUACUUUGGGGGGCUGGGGAGGGCGGUCAUGUAUUUGGACUUGGACUGCCGAUUUGAUGUGCUACGGCUGGCUCAAAUUCUGAGGAAUCGUAUUGCAGAGGGCUGCCGUUCAGCGCACCUUAGAAAUGGAGACCCUGAAAAUGAUGGCACUAAAGAUGAGUUUCAGUGUUCUCUUGAAAACACACUGUUUUCUGAUUGCAUGCAGCGCUUCUUGUAUGCCCGAUGUUGCAACAGUCCUGAAUUCAUAGCUGCUUUGAAGACUGUACAGUCUCAAUCAAGGAGGGAAGUGUCCAGUGCUGGUAUAUAUUUUGUUAUGAUAGACAGCAUUGGUGCGUUCUACUGGAUAGAUCGUGGUUCUCAACCUGCCCGAGAGAAUAAAGGGAGAACACUGCAAAGCAUUACUGAAAGUGUUGUCCACGAGUUACGCAAGCUUUUACAACUUCAACCUGCAUUGGUUUUGGUCACAAAGGCACCCAUUUAUGGGGAAGGCACUACAACAGCAAAUGACUUCAAUCGGAUUUCUUCAAAAUACAUUCUGGCGGAUUCAACUGGUUUGGGGUAUUCAAGACAGGAGGAAGAAAGAACUCUCUCUAAUCGAGAAUAUAUGCCAUCAAUAUGGCAGUCCUUUGUUACGCACAGGAUAAACCUUCAAGUAGAAGAAGCAGAAGUUCCCUCUGUGCCGGAAAGUAAGGUGCUUCCUGUGCAUACUUCUGAGUGGGUGCAACCUUACCUCAAAACGAAGGAGAAGUUUUCUAUUAUGGAUGUAAGACUUUGGAUGGUGUUAGCCUUAUCCAGUGAAUUACCGAUCUGGCAUCCUGUGAUGAGCAUGUCGAACCUCACUGAGUUGUGA